GCGGGACAGGAGCGGUGACGCCACGGGAGCGGGCGAUGACGGGCGGGUCGAGCUCGCGCAGGCGCCGGGCAGAGGAGCGCAGCUCGGCUGCGGGGACAGAGCGCGGCUCCCGGAGAGAGGCUGUGGGAGGCAUGGGCGCGGGCCCGGCGCUGGCAGCGCUGCUGCUGGCCGGGUCGGUGCUGAGCGCCACGCUGCUGGCCCCCGGCCGCCGGGCGGAGCCAGAUUUAGAUGAAAAAAGGAACGUGGAGCUGAAGAUGGAUCAGGCUUUGCUGCUUAUUCACAAUGAACUCUUGGGAACAAGCCUGACUGUAUACUGGAAAUCUGACUACUGUUACCAAUGCACCUUCCAGCCAUUGGCGAACGUCUCUCAUGGUGGAAAGCCAGCAAAGCCAAGCGUGGCACCUGUCUCUGUGAGCACCCAGCACGGGUCCAUCCUGCAGGUUAACUCCACCUUGGAGGAGAGAGCAGCUUGCAGGCUGGAAUACAAAUUUGGAGAAUUUGGAAACUAUUCUCUUUUGGUGCAGCAUGCUUCCAGCGGGGCCAAUAAAAUUGCCUGUGACAUCAUCGUCAAUGAGAAUCCAGUCGACAGUAACCUUCCUGUGAGCAUCGCAUUCCUUGUUGGUCUAGCCCUCAUCAUCGCAGUAUCCCUCCUGAGGCUCUUGCUGAGUUUGGAUGACGUCAAUAACUGGAUAUCUAAGGCAAUAGCUUCUCGAGAGACUGACCGUCUCAUCAAUUCUGAGCUAGGGUCUCCCAGCAGAGCAGACCCUCUUAGCGCUGAUUACCAACCAGAAACACGGCGUUCUGCGAACCGUCUCCGAUGUGUGGACACAUUUAGGGGGUUAGCUCUCGUCCUCAUGGUCUUUGUUAACUAUGGGGGAGGAAAGUAUUGGUACUUCAAACAUUCAAGUUGGAACGGACUGACUGUGGCCGACCUCGUCUUCCCAUGGUUUGUAUUUAUUAUGGGAACUUCAAUUUUCCUAUCAAUGACUUCUAUUCUACAACGAGGAUGUUCAAAACUCAAACUGCUGGGGAAGAUUGUGUGGAGAAGCUUCGUGCUAAUCUGUAUAGGAGUUAUCAUUGUCAACCCCAAUUAUUGCCUUGGUCCAUUGUCUUGGGAUAAAGUGCGGAUCCCUGGUGUCCUGCAGCGGCUGGGAGUGACAUACUUCGUGGUCGCUGUGUUGGAGUUCUUUUUCUGGAAGCCUGUGCCUGACAGUUGUGCCUUGGAAAGCAGCUGCUUCUCUCUCCGAGACAUCACGUCCAGCUGGCCCCAGUGGCUCACCAUUCUGACGCUGGAAAGCAUUUGGCUGGCUUUGACAUUCUUUCUGCCUGUCCCUGGGUGCCCUACUGGCUACCUUGGCCCUGGCGGUAUAGGGGACUUGGGGAAGUAUCCUCAUUGUACUGGAGGAGCAGCUGCCUACAUAGACCGCCUGCUCCUGGGAGACAGUCACCUGUACCAGCACCCGUCCUCCACCGUGCUGUAUCACACAGAGGUGGCCUACGACCCUGAAGGAGUCUUAGGGACUAUCAACUCAAUUGUGAUGGCGUUUUUAGGAGUUCAGGCAGGAAAAAUACUGCUGUAUUACAAGGAUCAGAUGAAAGCCAUCCUGACCCGAUUCGCCGCCUGGUGCUGUAUCCUUGGGCUUAUUUCUAUUGUGUUGACAAAAGUGUCUGCAAAUGAAGGUUUUAUUCCAAUAAACAAGAAUCUCUGGUCCAUCUCGUAUGUCACCACGCUGGGCUGCUUCGCCUUCUUCAUCCUCCUCAUUCUCUACCCAGUUGUGGAUGUGAGGGGCCUGUGGACGGGAGCCCCCUUCUUCUAUCCAGGGAUGAACUCCAUCCUGGUGUAUGUUGGCCACGAGGUGUUUGAGAACUACUUCCCCUUCCAGUGGAAGCUGGCGGAUGAGCAGUCACACAAAGAGCAUCUCAUUCAGAACAUAGUCGCCACGGCUCUCUGGGUGCUCAUUGCCUACGUUCUCUAUAAAAAGAAGCUGUUUUGGAAAAUCUGACAGCACCCGCUGAAAUACAUAGCUAGAGGAGUCCAGAGGGCCUGGGAGAAGAGCGGCGACAGCCUCCCUCACAGAGGGGAUUGCUUCCGGAUGCUGUGUCCAAACCGAUUUGCUUAGACAUCAGAAAGUUGCCUGUGUCUUUCUGACUCACAUAUUUACGCAUCUGAAAUGCCAUGCUCUCCGCUUUCUCCAUUUUGUAUGAAAUUGCUAUAUUUGGAACACGUGUGGAAAUCUUGUUUAACUUCUCAGAGAUUUACUCUGGACAUUUUAUUUUGCCUCUGUGAAAGAGGCCGAGGUUGGUAGACUGUGCUUGAUUCAGAGAGAACCCAUUCCAAGCUUGGACAGCACCUGGGGUUUGGUCCCUGGCAUCGCAAACAAGCAAACAACAAAAAGAACCAAGUCUUAGUUCCUGAAAACUGCCUUUCCACGUGUAUGCGCAUGCCGACCGUACCACCGUGGUUUCAUGGUGACAGACUAUAAAGCUUUUUGAAUGGACUGUG